CGCCCUUCUGUACCUAUGGGUGGGGCUCGUCGCUGUUCGAUAGUGACUAACUAAUACUAUCAUACUGGGGUGUCUAUAAUACAAGUAGACAUUUAGUAAACAAAGUCUAUAUAAGGUUUCGAAAGCCAUGGUGGUUUUAUAGUAACUGUUGUACUGUAGAGCAUUUUCAUGUAUGAUAGGUCGAGACCAUUUAUAUUUUACUAAAAAUCGACGAAAUAUUUGCAUAUUCAAGAUGACUGUCGACGACAACAACUUAGCUCUAAGAGCGGCUAAUAAUACGACGCGAAGUAGACUUGAAGGCAACCUGCAUAUGUUUGGCAAGAGAGCUCUUCAACACUUCGACUUUGACCCAAACCACCGCAACCUUAAUCAUGGCUCGUUCGGGGCAAGCCCACGCGCCGUAAGAAAUAAACUUCGCCAGUACCAAGAUCGUACCGAAGCAAUGCCUGAUACCUUUAUUCGUUAUGAUCUGCCCGAUAUUCUCAACGAGUCUCGAGAAGCUAUGGCGAAGUUACUCAAGGCACCAGCUGAUACGGUAGUGUUCGUCCCAAACGCUACGGGAGCAGUGAAUACGGUCCUCCGAAAUAUUGACUGGAAGGAAGACUGCAAGGAUGAGAUUCUAUAUUUUAACACUAUAUACGGUGCCUGUGGAAAGACUAUUGACUAUCUCGUUGACUCGGGCCGGGGCCGAGUUUCGUCGCGAGAGAUACAGAUAGCCUAUCCAUGUGAAGACCACGACAUUGUAGCAUCUCUCAAAGAUGCAAUAGAAAAGGGGAAAGGGGAUGGGAAACGCGCUAAAGUGUGUCUCUUCGACACAGUAUCCAGCCUCCCGGCUGUUCGAUUUCCCUUUGAGGACGUUGUGAGAGUCUGCAAACAAGAAGGGAUCUUGAGCCUGGUAGAUGGAGCCCAGGGUGUUGGGAUGCUUGAUCUCGAUCUCGAGGCUCUGGAUCCCGAUUUCUUUGUUUCGAAUUGUCACAAAUGGCUUUACGUGCCGAGAAGCUGUGCCGUCCUAUACGUCCCCUUCCGAAACCAAUCAUUGAUAGCAUCGACAAUCCCUACAUCCCACGGAUACAUUUCCAAGUCCGGUGACAGGUUCAACCCAUUACCGAAGAGUCAUCCAUCGCCCUUUGUCAACAACUUUCAAUUCAUGGGAACUCUAGAUACAAGCGCCUAUCUUUGCGUGAAAGAUGCGAUCGUAUGGCGGGAGCAGACCUUCGGCAGCGAAGAGAACAUACUCAAAUAUACCCAUGGGUUAGCUAAGGAAGGGGGUAAAAGGAUUGCGCAGAUUCUUGGAACUGAGGUCAUGGAUAACAAGUCCGGUACGAUGUCGCAAUGUGCGACAACAAACAUCGCGUUGCCAUUAACACUUGAUAAGGCAUCUCGUGCAUCUGCAUGGAUGAUGGAGAGGAUGGCCUCUGACUACAAAACUUUUUUCCCGCUGUUCACGCAUAAUGGCCGCAAGUGGGCGAGGAUAAGUGCACAGACUUAUCUGGAUUUUGAGGAUUUUGAGUGGGCUGGCGAGGUGCUUCGUGAGCUCUGCCAGAGGGUCGAAAGGGGGGAAAGUAGUGAAGCAUAGGCGUGUCUACAAUGUCGGUGGAAGUAUUUAAUAGGUAUAAUCAUCCCGUUUCUGUAUUAGUAGGGUCAGGUUAUACUAUCAAGUCUUCCCUUUCGGAUUUAGUUCAGCCUAUAAGCGUGUCUUCGAAUACCCGCAGCAUCGACAUUCACGCGGUAAACGUUACCAAUAGAUCCCCCGUCUUCAUCCCGAAUCGAUAUGAUAACUAUUGUCUUCAUGUUUUCCCACCAGAUGUUGUACAUGAGCACAUAUUCGCGCCGGGCAUGCCACAUGCUUCCGUCACCACUCCUUCAGGCGACAACCUGAUUUUCUUACCUAGAGAGUGCCAGCCCAUCAUCUACCCCGAGCAUCGAUCGCGCCGUCAUUCAUUCGCACCCUCCACAUGGUAGACGGCAGCCAUUCUUCGGCAGUGUAUUGCUUCAUCUUCGAUAUUUCGAUGCCUUGAGUUUUAAAAUAACGUUGUAGGUGUUCUAAUUAUCAUAGAUAAUAGACUUCUCAUUACAAUACGUCAAGUCUCAGUAGAUAAGUGCCACUCAACUAUUCGGAAGUAAGGUGUAGGUCUGUAGUUUAGACUUGUGGAAUAAAAAUAAAGGAUUAUGAAAG